AUGCUGUUCAAAGCUCUCACCCUCGCUUUCAUCACCAUCACCAGCGUCUCCGGUGUCCCCGAUGGCACAUCCAACGCCCUAAAUAGGCGGAGCUACACCCAAUACUGCGGUGAAGCCACCUGGGUCCCUCCCAAAGGCUCAACCCCCGGGUACUGCAAAUGUCCCUACGAAGGACAGAUCUACAAGCAGUACUCUUGCGACUGCCCUGACGCACAGACACUCAAGACCAGAAAGUGCGUCAACAAGUGCCCUGAUGAUUCAAAGUACAAACCUGGUAGCUAUGGUAGCUGGUCUUGUAUCUGCGAUGAUGAAGGGGCUAGUUGGUCUGCUUCUUCGGGGCAGUGUAGCUGCAAGUCUGGAAAGGAGUCUGUUCAGGGAAAGUGUGUUGAUAAGUGUCCUGGAGGUACUACUCGACAGGGUGAUGGGUUAUGCAGGUGUAACGAUCCCAAGAAGGAGCCCUUCAAAGGGUCUUGUGUGGAUAAGUGCCCUCAAUACUCGACUCGCCAGGAUAACGGUAGCUGCAAGUGUCAGAGUGACAAGGAUUUGGUCAAGGGAGUUUGUGUCGACAAAUGCCCUCAGUAUUCCACGCGUCAAUCUGAUGGCAGCUGCAAGUGCAGUGAUCCGAACAAGGAGAUCAGCAAGGGUUCUUGUGUGAACAAGUGUCCUAAGGAUACUACACGACAAGCCGAUGGGUCUUGCAAAUGUGACGACGGCAGCAAGGAACUCGUCGAAGGCGUUUGUGUUUCGACAUGCCCUACCGGCUCAACACGUCAGAGUGACGGCUCAUGCAAGUGCACAGACGACAAGCAAGAGGUCGUCAAGGGAGCAUGUGUACCUGUUUGCCCAAAGGAUGCGACUCGCCAGAACGACGACUCAUGUAAAUGCGACGAUGCCAGCAAGGAACUAGUCAAGGGCUCAUGCGUGCCUGUUUGUCCUAAGGAUUCGACCCGUCAGAACGAUGACACCUGCAAAUGUGAUGCAGACAGCCAGGAAAUCAUCAAGGGCACUUGUAUUCCAGUCUGCCCGGCUAAUUCUACACGACAAGGCGAUGAUACGUGCAAGUGUGACCUAGAUGAUGAGGAAAUUGUCAAGGGAGCUUGUGUACCCGGUUGUCCAAAAGAAUCCACGAGACAACAGGAUGACACGUGCAAGUGUGAUGCAGAGGAUUCUGAGAUCGUCAAGAAUACCUGCGUCCCAGUUUGCCCCAAGGACUCGAAGAGGCAAGACGACGAUACUUGCAAAUGCGACGCAGAGGGUAACGAGAUUAUCAAGAACACCUGCGUACCUGUUUGUCCCAAGGAUUCGACAAGGCAAGAAGAUGACACUUGCAAGUGCGAUGAGGAUAACCACGAGAUCAUCAAGAAUGUUUGCACUCCUGCUUGCCCUGAUAAAUCGACCAGACAAGAGGACGAUACCUGUAAAUGCGAUACCGAGGGCUUUGAGAUCGUCAAUGGCGAGUGCAAAGAAGAGUGCCCCAAAGACUCAGAGCGUCAGGAAGACCAGUCUUGCAAGUGUACUACUGAUGGCUACGAGAUCGUCAGUGGGGAAUGCAAGCCUGAGUGCCCUGAGGGAUCUACGCGUCAGCAGGAUGAAACCUGUAAGUGUGACACCGACGGCGAUGAACUCGUGAAGGGAGAGUGUAAGCCCGGGUGUCCCGACAAAAGUACUCGCCAAGAAGAUGGAACAUGCAAGUGUACUGCUGACGGUCAUGAGAUCGUUAGUGGUGAGUGCAAACCGCAAUGCCCUGAAGGAUCGACCCGUCAGCAAGAUAACACCUGCAAGUGUGAUACUACUGGGUACGAGAUCGUCCAGGGAGAAUGCAAACCCGAAUGCCCCAAGGAUUCCUCACGCCAAGAAGACGGUACCUGCAAAUGCACCGCAGCCGGCCAUGAAAUAGUCAGUGGCGAGUGUAAGCCAGAAUGUCCCAGUGGCUCCACCCGCAACGACAAAGACAUCUGCAUCUGCGAUGACACCCUCGCCGAGCUAGACUCCCAAAACACUUGCACCUGCAAAUCAGGCAACGAACCCGUCAAAGACAAAUGCACCCCCAAAUGCUUCGACGGUUCAAACCGCGACACCGAAGGCAACUGCGUCUGCAGCGAGCCCAACACCGUCCUAUCUGAUAAGAAGUGCGUCUGCAAAGAUGGCUACAAACCCACCAAGAAGGGCUGCAACAAAGACUGCGGUACACAGGCUUACGAUAAAGACCAUCUAUGUGUGUGCAGAAAGGCUGGUCAGACGUUUAACCAAGACAAGACUUGUACGUGCCCUACUGAUACGCGCUGGAACGGCAAAAUGUGCGCCUCGAACUGUGGCUCCGACGCAUGUUGGAGUAACUCUGCCAAAGGAUGCGAGUGCAACAAAGACGGCAUGAAUUUCGACAGUGCCACAAAAACAUGUUCUUGUCCCGAUAAGCUAGUCUACUCUGACGGGCAAUGCCACAUCGACUGUGGCAAACUCGCCACAUGGCACAAAAGGUCCCAAACCUGCGUUUGUCCCAAAAAGGGCCAGAGCUUCAACCCAACUACCCUCGGCUGCGGAUGCACAGGCGGUAAGAUCUGGAGUGGCAAAGAAUGCAUCACUGACUGUGGAGACUACGCGUCCUAUAACACUCGAUCUGAUACGUGCGUUUGUGACAAGAAGGGGCAGGUGUUUGAUGCAGAUGAAAAGACCUGUGGAUGUCCUGAUGGAAAGGUUUGGUCGAAGAAUCAGUGUACUGUUGACUGUGGGAAUGCGGCGAGUUGGGAUGGGUAUGCGAAGAAUAACAUUCAAAAGAACGUGGCUGGAUCUGAAGAAACUCUGCUCAUGCGUAGACUUGCCUGUGUAAUCGAGGAGUGA